UUUACUAUUUAAUAAAUAUUUCUUUUUAUCUGGCACUUAAAUCUUUUGGAGCACAACAUUUACGCGAACAUCCUGUGAUAGAUGCACUAGUAAAAUUGAAGAAGACUUUAGGUAAAUUAGAGAGAUUGGAACAUUGGAGUGAUCAUGAUAAUAAUAUGGCAGAUGAUAACGAUAAGGAAGAAGAACCAAUUGAUUUCUAUAAUAUGGUGAAAGAAGCUAAAAACGCUGCAAAAGAGCAGC